CAUAGCAGCUAAAACAAUGCUUCACACGAAUUGUUUUCGGGUUUCAUCUUCGAUUCGGGCUGCACGUUGCCUAAUGCCGAACCGACAUACUGCUCCUAAAGCUGUUACUUGCUUCCACAAGAAGGACACUGAGCACAGGGAAACGAACUUUGGAGGACUAAUUUACAGCACCAAUACUGUCUUUUUAUCGAGGAGUUGCUUCACAAGUCAAGUUAAACUUAACUGUUGGAAAUGUAAGAAACUUCUUGACAGAACUCCUUCAUUCUUUUGCGACUCAUGCAAAUCAAUCCAACCCCCCGAGGAAGGGACGUCCUACUUCAAGAUCAUGGACUGCGACUACACAUUCACACUGGACACACCAAAGCUCCAUACAAGAUACUUGCAGCUUCAGCGAACUCUUCAUCCAGACAACUUCGGUCAGAAAUCUGUGAAAGAGCAGGAGUAUUCAGAAAGUCAAUCUGCCCUGGUGAGCAAAGCAUACAAGACUUUACUGAAGCCUUUGAGUCGUGGUCUUUAUAUGCUCAAGCUUGAGGGCAUGCAUCUGAAGGAGAGUACUGACUCUGUAGCCGAGUCACAAUUCCUAUUGGAGUUGAUGGAGGUCAAUGAAGCCCUCGAUGAAGCACAGACGCCAGAAGAAGUCAAUAAGAUCGCCCAAGACACAAAAGGUAUGUUGAACCAGAGGAAGAUGAAACAGAUACUAACCCCCAAGGAUUGACUUUGGACACCACUGGUGUACAGCAUUUCCAGACAUUCCCACAAGUCUGCAAUUUGAUUUUCAAGUAUGAAUAAGUAUGACAGAAAAGUAAGGUAGAGAUAUUUGUAUUUCCAGACUUAUUUCUAUUUAUCCCACUGUCUAAAAGUUCCAUCCAUCCAUCUCUCAUCCAUCCAUCCAUCCAUACAUUGGGUUUUGCAGGUGACCAUUAUAGAAACAUCUGCUUUGUAAGUGGCCACAAAGAACUCUGGAAAAUUAUGUGUUGAAAAGUAUGUAAUUUCUACUUGAAAAGUGUGUAGGAACCCCAAAUGUAAUAAUAGCCUGUUUGGACUGCAUAAGUAACAAAAAAUGUGUCAACCUAUAGUCUCUUGUAGUCAUUCUUUCGCUCAGUUAUGUCAGUUGUGUGAUUUACACGUGGGUGCAUUUAGUCAAACAUCACUGAUAAAACCUCAGACUGAGCUUCACAAAUUAUUGUGCCAUUUUCAUUUCUAACCUUUUCUGAUCUGUGCACUGGUGGUUCUUCAAUUAUGUGUUAAGUAUCACUCUUCAGCUCCAAUAAGAGCUUUUCAAAAUAUAGUCUCUUAUGGCUUCAAAAACACCAAGGUGGUGACUGCCAAAUAGGUAAAAUGAAACUUCCAAAAGGCAGCCCACAUACCAGUUGGUGAUAUCUCACUGUGUUACAUCCUGGUCCUACUGAUGAUCUGA